AUGUCACCAGUUACAACAAAGAUCCGUCAUUCAGGUUUACAAAUUGAAGUAAUAAAUUUCUAUCGAAAAUGUUUUAGAGCCAUAAGAAAAAAGCCAUUGGAAACAAGAAAUCGAUUUCGAAACUUUGUAAGAACUCAAUUCCAACAACACAAUUUAUUGCCAAAAGAUCAUUCAGCAAUAGAAUAUUUGUUACGAAGAGGAAAAAGACAAUUGGAAGCAGAUAAGACAGGAGGUGAAAUAUAUUCUUUGAAAUGA